AUGAGACCAUGGAACGUUUUCGCCAAGAUCAACGGGAACGAGCGUAUCAAGCGAUCUAACCUAGCCAAAGAAUCAAGCCUGCUAGAUCCCGUAAAGAUAUACCCAAAUGUGGAGAUGGAAUCGGUGCAGUCGCGCAUCAGUCAACCGGAGGUUUUCGACCCUGACGACAUCGAUCCCGAUGAGUCAGGACAAGAUGAUCGUAUACACGCUAUGGUAGCUACGACCGAGACGUUGCAAGAUGGUGGUAGCAUACCUCAACGCAUUCGAAUGUCGGAGAUGACAGAGCUGAAAGAAUUUAGUGGCAAGGAUCGAGAUGAAGAUCGGGCCAGAAGCUAG